AUGCCUGUCGCUCGGACGUGCGUCUCCCCGCUGAGCGCUUGCGAUGCGCAGGCAGGGCGCUGCAGGGCGGCCCAGGCCCGUAGCCGGCCGCGGGCGCCGCCGACGCAGGGGUGGCACCGGGUGGGGCGCGUACGGGGGCCCUGUGUGCGGGCGCGCGCGGGGGGCGGCGCGCGAGGGCCGCAGGCAAUCGUGCUCGGCCUGAACGGCGUCGUGGGCGACGUGCGCGACCUCUACCUCGCAGCGGCGUUCGAGACGGCGCGGGAGCUGUGGGGGCAGGAGGUGUUGCCAGGGUCGUCUUGGCUGCUGUACCGGCAGCGCGGGCGCGACGCCUGGGCCGCGCUCAACGAGCCCUGGGAGGCCACCGUGCUCCUGCGCGUCCUCGCCGCCGAGGGCGUCGUCGGCGGGCGUUCGCUCAAGUCGGGUCGGGCCGGCCCGAGCCUGGCGCGGGAUUCGCGACAGGACGCGUUUCAGCGCGGGCGGACAGGCGUGCGACCGCUGGCGGCGGUCGAGCUGGUCGAGAACUGGGACAUGGCGCUCGAGGCGUCGCUCCUGCGCUGGGGCGCGCUGGCGUCCGUGCCGGACCUGAAAGACGCGUUCUCGCAGCACACAGCCGCGUGGCUGCGACGCAUCGAGGACCAGGAGGACAAGUACGCGGAGAUGGCGGCUGCGGGCGACCCGGAGGAGGCAGACGUGGACGCGAUGCGCUCGUUCGACUCGGAGAACAUGCCGGAUCUGGUGCCCGAGAUCGUGCCUCACCAACCAGUGGUGGCCUCGAUCAACGCCGCGUGCAGGCUGAACAGCGGCGGCGACGAGGCGCAGUGCCGGCUGCGGCUGUACUGCGCGGGCGACGCGGGCAUCUCGUGGGAGGAGGUCACGGCGCCGCUGCUGCGGCGGAUGGGCGUCGCGGACGGCGCGAUGGCGCCACAGCCGGACCACGCGCGCCCUGACUCGGGGGCGGACCUGCCGUCUGACGUGCGCGUGGUCGAGGGCUGCGCGGGGGGGCUGCGGCGCUGGCGCGGCGAGGUCGGGCGGGAGAGGGUCGAGGCGAUCCUGGGCGAGGGGGCCUCCUUGGCCCGGGCGGAGGUGCGGUUGGCGGGAUGGGGCUGGGCCAGCGCAUCGCAGCGGGCGCGCGAGGAGCGGAAGGGGGCGACGGUGGUGGACGAGCUGCUGCUGGCGGAGAUGCUGGGCGUGUCGGAGUGCAGGGAGGUCAUGGACGGGGUCGCGUGGUGA